AUGUUUGACCGUCGUCUUAUUGAUCAAUUAGAUAUAUCUCAUGAGAAAUAUAAUCGAACAUGUAAACAAUUAGAAAAAUCCUAUAAUUAUACUUGUCGAAUAUAUCAAGCAAUUAGUUUUAAAGAAUUUUAUGAUUAUUUACUUUUAUCAGAUAUUGAACGAUCAAGUGAAUAUGAACAAUCUCCUAAUGUUUAUAAACUUGAUACAGCUAAUUUAUCAUUGGGACAUGAAAAUAUUGAACAACUAACUGAAGCUAUUAUUGAUACUUUUCUAAAAAGACGUCUCUAUGAAUAUACAUUAAAUGCUGUUUGUUCUCCGUUACAUGUGUUUGAACGAGGAACAACAACUAAUGAACUUGCUGCACAUGUUGCUAAACUUUUUAAUGUUGAUCCAGAAGAACAUGAAGAACAAUAUAUUCAAGCUAUUAAGAUGGAUUCAUGGUCUGUUAGUCUAUCUGUUGAUGUUAAAAGAGCACGUAAUUUACCUGGUGAAGAUCAAAAUGGUCUUCGUGAUCUUUAUUGUGAAGUGAGUGUUAUACAUAUUCCUAGCACUGAAGAUGAUUCAAUUACAAAACAUCAAGUACAGUCAUUAGUGACUAAUUAUAGCCAACGCAGUUGGUUAAUGAGUAGUCGACGAAAUGCAAAAGAUAGUUCAACAACAGUAUCAUUGAACAAUGACAAAACAUUGAAAACUAUCACUUAUUGUACAGAAGUUCAACCACAAACUACUAAUCCAGAAUGGAAUGAACAUUUUGACCUUCAGAUAAAAAAUCUACAAGAACAACAUUUAUUUAUAAAGGUAUUGAAUUCCGAUCAUGUUCAAGCAUCAGGACUCAAAACAGGUGUUGCACGCACUCUUCUAGGAAGUCAAAGUCGCAUAAGAACAGCUGAAACCGAAAAUGACUUACUCGGUCAAGUUAGUUUUGAUAUUAAAUCAUUAGCUACAUUUGAUUGUGAACAAUGGUUUCCUCUAACUGUAUCAAAGCAAAAUCAUUCAAAUAACAAUGAAUCACGGGGUGAAAUUCUACUUCGAUUGAAAGUUAAAUAUAAAUUGGAUGAUAAAAAUAGAAAAAGUGAUCAACAUGAAUCAAAUACUACUCUAUCAGAAUGUCCUCGUCGUCACUCAUCAUCAUCAUUAUCUCCUGAUCCAAUUAAUUCAUCGACUACAGUUCGUCCAAUCCUUUUUGGAAGAAGUUCUCUUCUAUCAGCAAUGCAAGCCCUUGAAAAUGCAAAAUCGCCUUCUAAGCUUCAAAGAAACUUAAGUCAAAGUGUUUCAUGUUUAACAUCAGCUGCUGAUUCAGAUUUUCCAUCAUUAGUUGAAGAAUAUCAUCAACUAACUCGUAUUGUUAUGCGGCAUGAAUGCGAAAAGGCAAAAGAAGCAAAUAGAAACAAUGAAUCAAAUGGUGUAGUUAUUAAUUGGAAUGGAUUAUUACGUGAUUUAUCUUAUAGUGUUCUGACACAAUUUCGUGUUUUAUACAAUAUUUCAGUUCUAUCAAAAACAUUUAUACACUUACUUGCUGUUAUGGAACUUCGAUGUUCCGAUGACGAUUCAUUGCUUAUAAGUCAAAGUGUUAUUCAAAAGUUUUUGAAAAGACUUAUGGAACAAGUACGAUUAAGACCUGAUAUUGAUAACCUGGAUUUUACUGAUUAUGAAAAAACAGUAUUUGAAGGAAUUUUUUCUUUAUUUAUUGGUCACUAUAAAAAACGUGUACAUGAUGAUGCAUCAUGGUUUUUACCAUCGAGAGAAAACUUAUCAAGUAUUCAAAAUAUAUUCGAAGUAAUUGAUACUUUAUUACAACUAAAAAUCUCUUCAAAUCAAGCAAUAAUAAAAACAAUUCAAGAAACAAUCAAAACUCGUUUACAUACAGAUAUUAAUGAUUUAUUCAGUGUUCAUCAAUUCGUAUUUCAGGAUAUGAAUGGUAUACAAUUCAAUGUUGUUCAAAAUUUUCUAGAAUUUGUUACAAAAUUAACUAGAUCAACGUUAAUUAUAAAAGAAUAUCAGAAACUCUUUGCAUCCUUCGAUAUAAAUUAUGUAGAAGCAUGUUUUCUUGAACCCGAAAGUGCCGAUGAUCGUUUAACUGAAAUAACAAGAUGUCUAUUACAAAAUAUGACGCAAAAUUUUUUGACAUGUGCAACACCAAUGGUUGAAGAAACAUCAUCAAUAUAUGAUCCAAAUUUAAUUCAAAGUUCAACUGUACUUUUAAAUUUGUAUGUAUAUUUACAAACAAUCAUCAGAGCACUUCGAGAUACUUUUGAAAAACGAGAUUGGCAUACACAUGAAUUUAGAUUGAAAUUAACUAGAUAUAAUCAAUGGUUUUCACCAAUAAUGCCACUUUUAAUAGAAGGUGUUGUUGCACAGAUUAGACAAAUAAUGCAAAGAGUAGUAGAAGAUGAUAACGUUUUUCCUGAUGAAGACGUUAUUCGAUCAUCUAUAGUAGCUACAAAGUCCUGUAUAAGGAUUUGUCAAGAAUGGGAAUCAGUUGAUUAUCCUGAUAUAAAUAUACGUUAUGCAGCACUAAUUAAACUAACAAAUACAAUAUGUGAACAAUGUCGACAGUAUGCAAGAAAUUUAGCACAUAAAUUAUCAGAAAAUGAAUCUUUUAUUGAUUUAUAUCGUACACGAUCAUAUAAUGUUGCAGAAAAAUUUUGUGUAGUAGUUAAUGAUAUUGACUAUGUUAAACAAAAACUUCUUUCAUCAUUACCAAAUUUAUUGCAUUUCUCGUCUGUUAUUGAUAAAAUGAUUGAGAGCUAUGAAUUAACGGAUUUUCAACAAACAAAAGUAACACUUGAACGUUUAAUAGCAACAGCUGAAAAUGAAAUGAAUAAUGUCAUUGAACUUAUAUUUGAUCAUGUUGAUACAUUAUUCUGUGCAUCUUUAAAAGAUAAAGUUUCCAAAUACUAUGAAGAUGAAAAAAACGAAAACGUUGAUCCUAUGAAAGAUAUAAAUCAAUAUAUCGACCAUGAAAUUGUUGCUAAAUUAGAUAAAAGUCUUAAAGUAACUCAAUGUUCUCGUGUUGCUUGUGCCAUACAUAUAAAAGCAUUACAAUGUUUAAGAGAAUUAUUGCCAUUACAAGAACCGCCUGACUUUUAUGAGCGUGUUUUACGAACAUUCAAUCAUUUGACUAAAUACUUUGAAACUAAAUACCGUGAAGAGCAGCAUAUACAUAGUUCAUCACGUGAAGAGAUUACAACAUUCCGACGCACACUUGAACAAUUUGCAUCAUCAACUGAACAACUACAACUACGUUAUUUUCAAGAUAUAGCUGGAAAAGAUUCCCCUUUUCGAUGCUUACCAAAUAAUGGUGUAAUUUUUUUUCGUGCUGCAUAUGAAAUCGUCAAUGAUCUUAUAUCUAUUCAUGUUCUAAUUCUUUCUUGUCGAGAUUUACCGAAAAUGGAUUAUUUUGGUACAGCUGAUCCAUAUGUUAUCCUUGAACUAUUACCAUCGACACUUUAUCCAGAACGUCCAGAAGAAAAUAAAACAAGUACAAUGAGACGAACACGUGAUCCAGAAUUUAAUCAGUUAUUUAAAUGGUAUCGUCUUCCAAUGCAUAUUAUACGUACACCAGGUGCUGUUUUGCGUCUUAGUGUUUGGGAUAGAGAUCUGGUAACAGAGGAUGAUUUUAUUGGUGAAUGUUUUAUACCAUUAAUUAGUAUUGAAUCAUUAGAAAAUCAUGUAUCAAUACGUGACAUUCCUGUAUCAGAAGUACGUUUGAGAAGACAAAAUAAAAAUGCUCAACCAAGAGUAUAUGAAGCUAUUGAAAACUUGAAAAUUUGUCAAUAUGAUCCACCGUAUACAAUAACUCGAAACUAUGGUUUUAUGAAAUUUGAUGAAAAUAAACUUGAUGCUACUUCACGUCCUUCAGAAUAUAUACGAUUAAGUCUUGAAACCAGUGCUGAAACAGUUGUGAAAUUUAUGCAACAAGGUUGGCGUUUACCAAAACCUGACUUAAUUAUAUCUGUAACUGGUGGAGCAAAAAAUUUCGAUAUGUCAACACGUCUUAAAAAAAUUUUUCAAAGUGGUCUAGUUUCAGCUGCAAUUACUACAAAUGCAUGGCUGAUUACAGCUGGAACAAAUGCUGGUGUUGUUAAAGAAGUUGGUGAAGCUCUUAAUAAUUAUCGUUAUAAAAAUCGAAAACAUGGACUUAAUAUACCAACUAUUGGCAUAGCUAGCUGGGGUUAUACAGCAGGAAAUGAUCAACUUGACAGUCAAUCUACGAAUAAUUCUGUAAAUCUGAGUAAUACAAGAGGAACACGUUCAUUCACUAAACAUCAUCAAAAUCAAGCAACACAUUCUAUUCGUAUGGAUAUGGGUGAGCAAGAUGGUGUUCGAACUUAUAUUGUCAAAGAAAAACGUGAGAAACGAUGUGAUUUAGAACCAAAUCAUACACAUUUUUUGUUAUUCGACGAUGGAGAGUCAAAGGCUGAUAGUGUCCUUCCAUUACGAGCAGAAAUCGAAAAAUACUCUUGCAUUACCAAUAUUGAAAAUGCUACAGAAGAAGCAGUAGAAUCACUUAUACCUAUUGUUAUGGUUUUGGUUGAAGGUGGUCCAUCAUCGAUUCGAACAAUUUGUAAAGCACUUGAGUCGAAUACCCCACUUGUAGUUAUCAAAGAUUCAGGUCGUGCUGCUGAUCUUGUUGCUGAAUUACAUGCUUAUUAUUCCGAUAAUGAAGGUGGCGGUGGUGCUAGGCACCUUGCACGACCACAAACGGGUUUUGCUAAAGGUGGCUCAAAAGAAACAGACAUUAAUGCAAUUUUGGCUAAAGCACGAACUGAUAUAUCAGGACUUGAAAAAGUUGAAGAUGAUUUAUGUCGAAUAUUAAAUGAACGUAAAAAACUUGUAACAAUUUUUACAUUUGAUAGUAAACGAUAUCGUGGGAAUCUUGAAGAUGCUAUUCUAGAAACAUUAUUUAAUACUGCAAAGUUUUCCGGUGAUUAUAAUGAACAACAUCGUCGAGCAACAGAACUUAAAUUAGCUAUAGCAUGGCAUAAAUUUGAUUAUGCUCAUAAAUAUCUUCUUACUGAUACGACUAUAUCGAAAUGGAAAGAAGAUGAUCUUCGUCGUGCUCUUGUCGAUGCACUUCGUCGUGGUCAUGUUGAUUUUGUUGAAUUACUUAUUGAAUUUGGUACAUCACUUGAAAAAUUAACAAAUGGAGAUCUUAAACAUCUUUAUACAACAGAGUUGAUUAGUAAUCGAUUACCACUUAAAGGUAAAAGAAAAGAUGGUAUAUGGACAAGAGAGCAGUUUUUUACAGAUUAUUUUCAUUCAAGCAUAUAUAAUGAAAACAAGGAUAAAAAUUUAACACAAUCAAAAGAUGAUCAACCAUUAGGCAAAAGUGCUCCACAAGAAUUAUUUUUAUGGGCUGUUUUUCUUGAUCGAUUUGAACUUGCAACAUAUCUUUGUUCGAAAACUCGGAACCCAACAAUAGCACCAUUAUUUGGUACACAUAUCUAUCGGCGUGCAGCAAGAUUAACAGUUGAUUCAGAUAUACAGCAGCAAUAUGAAGAACAUGCCGCCCAAUUUGAUAUUCAUGCUAUGUCAAUUAUUGAUCGAUGCUUUGAUAGUGAUGAAAAUUUUGCUGUUGAUCUUCUAAAACAUUCUGCUGUUGCAUUUAAUGAUACUGAUCGAUUACUGUUAGCUCGAAAAGCUGAUUGCAGAUCAUUUCUUGCAUCAAAAUGUGUUCAAAGAUAUCUUGAUAAUGAAUGGUUUGGACAUAUAAAUUACAAACGAAGGGCUAUUAAUUUUCGAGUUUUUCUUUGUUCAUUAUUUCUUCCUUUAAUUCCAAUAUUUUGUACUUUUCUACCAUAUGUAGAAAAACAUAAAAAUAUUGUUUCAAGUACUCAAGAUCGUUCACGAGGUAGUCAAUCGACUAUGAUGAAUAACGAUAUUGAACAUAUUCAACAUAAAAGAAAAAAGAAUGUUCCAUGGACAGAUAGAAUAAGCUAUUUCUAUCAAGCACCAAUAGUACGAUUUUAUUAUUAUACGAUAUUCUUCAUUAUAUUUUUGCUUUUAUUCAGUUUUGUUCUUCUUGUUGAUUAUUUUCCAUUAAAUAUCUAUGGUGAACGUCGAUCUGGUUUUCAAAAUUUAAAAUUAUCAGCAACUGAAAUAAUUCUUCAUAUUUGUAUAUGGAGCUUAAUUGCAGAAGAAAUUCGUCAAUUUUUCUUUGUGAGUAUUACAAGAGAAUAUUUUGGAGAAAUAUGGAAUAUUAUUGAUAUUCUUGCAAUUAUUACAUAUAUUAUUGGUUUUAUUACACGAUUUAUUGUUCGUGAAUCACUUUUUGUUGUAUCAAAAAUAUUCUUAUGUCUUGAUUUCAUACUUUGGUUUGUUCGUACAUUACAUCUAUUUGCUGCUUUUGAAAAAUUAGGACCGAAAUUAAUUAUGAUUUUUAAUACGAUGAAAGAUCUGUUAUUUUUUGUUUGUUUUAUUCUAAUAUUCUUAUUAGCAUUUUCAAUAACAUCAUGGUCAUUAAUUACUACAGAUAAUCAAGUAUUUUGGUAUUAUGGUAGUGAUGGGUCAUUAACUAAUGUGACAGUGGCAGGUGGAGGAAGUGGUUUAUGGACAUGGCAAUUAUUACGUGAUGUUACAAAUUAUGGUGUUUGGAAAGUUUUUGGACAAGUUGAUCCAAUUGAUGGUACAAAUGCAUAUUCUGUUAUAGCUUUUGUCUUGGCUAUACUAUUUGUUGCUAUUGCUAAUGUACUUCUUCUAAAUGUCCUUGUUGCUUUAUUUAAUGUUACAAUCCAAAAUGUUGAAAAGCAAUCUCAUCGAAUAUGGCGUUAUCAACGAUUUUUACUUGUUGUUGAAUAUAAUUAUAAACCUUCAUUACCACCACCAUUUAAUACUCUAUGGUAUCUAUAUCGUAUUAUUAAAUAUAUAAUCGAAAAAAUUGAAGAAUAUCGCCAAAGACAACGACAUGUUGCCAGUGACACUGUAGCAAUGAAUUCGAUUGAUUCCAAUGAAAAAAAUGUUCAAGAAGAAUUUAAAAUUACUGAUGCAAUGCAACGUGAAAGUGCAAUAGCUGAUGAUUAUUGGAGUUAUACAUUGAAACAUGGAAAGAAAGAUCAAGUUGAAGUUGCACUAGAAAAAAUUGAACGAAGGUAA